GCGAGCGUGUCUUGCGCGAAACAGAAGCAAAACUUGGACAUUAAAACAAGAUGUGAUUAGUCCGUUUACUGAGGACACGUUGAGGUAACCGAAACAUAUACGUGCUCUGGGGGAUGUGUCUUCACAGCUGCGCUAAACGUUUGCGGAGGGAUGGACACAGGACCGGUGCUAUGAAUUUGGACAUGAGUACAGUUGCGGUAAAUUUCCUAGGAUAAUACAAGACGCAAGAAGGACCGAUGUUUCAUUCCCGACUGCCCAGACGGCUUUUGGACCUUAGCUCACGGGGGUUUGUCUGGGCAGAGAUUUGGAUCAGAGGUUAGAAGUGGACCUGUUGCGCUCGGCAAGUCAUGGCUUGCUUUGUGCCAGACAGAACAAGCUUGACAUCAACUUUCGUUCCAGUAGCGAUUCUUUUUAUUCUGGGAAACUAUGAGUGCUUCCAGCUAAGCUCUCCGGUCCCCUAUACGGAACCUAACGGAAAUGACGAGUCUUCAUCCUCGUUACUGGAAUCCCUCCGGCUCCCGCUGGACUCAGAGUAUGAGAUCGUCGCGCCAUACGAGGUGGACCAGCAGGGGGAGUAUGUUUCCCACGCAGUGGCGCACCACCAUCGCAGGAGGCGUUCGGCAGAGGGCUUUGGGACCAUCCUCGGUGGCAUGGCCAAUUUCAGGCUCCACGGGCUUGGCGAGGACUUCCACCUGGAACUGUCACCUGCCUAUGGCCUGAUCACCCCCGGCUUCAUGGUCCAGACCCUGGGCAAGAAUGGCAGCAAGAGCCUGCAGCCCUUCCUCGAACAGGAGUUCUGCUUUUACCAGGGGUCAGUCAGGUCAAAGGCCAACUCCUCUGUGGCCCUGUCAACAUGCACUGGGAUGUCAGGUCUGAUCCGGACGGAGCAGGCCGAUUACUUCCUGAGGCCGCUGCAUCAGCAGCAGCUGUGGGCGGAGAACUACACAGCACCACCUGACCACCACCCUCACAUCCUCUACAAGAGACACACGUCACCACAGACAAGUGGAGGGAGAGAAAGGAGACACACACCACCACAGACAGGUGCAGAGAGAGACAGGAUCUCGUCCACAGUGCAGAAACGCCAUGGAAAAGAGACCGAGCUCAUGGAUGCAUUCAGAGACAAAAGGAGGCCCAGACUCUCCACACACGAACACACGGAGCUGGGCAACGGUUACCACGGACGCCACAAUCGCCAUAGCAACUACAGACAUGGAACACGGCAGAGGCAGCAUUACUGCGGAAGAAGGAAGAAAUACGUGCUUAAGCCCCCUGGUAAGGACCUCUACAUUCUGCCCGAUGAGUACAGCAGGUUCCCAGCCAGACGCAAGCGGGCGCCGGGACCUCCAGCUCGACCUAACCAGAAGUUAAAUGUGGAGACGCUGGUGGUGGUGGACCAAAAGAUGAUGGAGAACCAUGGGCGAGAGAACAUCACCACCUACGUCCUGACUGUCCUCAACAUGGUCUCCACCCUGUUCAAGGACAGAACCAUAGGAGGGGACAUCAAUAUAGUGAUCGUGGGUCUGAUACUUCUGCCUGAAGACCAGGAAGGGCUGGUGAUUAGUCACCAUGCCGAUCACACCCUGAACAGUUUCUGCCAAUGGCAGUCAGGGCUGACAGGACGGGAAGGUCGUCGUCAUGACCACGCUAUCCUCCUCACUGGACUGGACAUCUGCUCAUGGAAAAAUGAGCCCUGUGAUACUCUGGGGCUCGCCCCGAUCAGCGGGAUGUGCAGCAAGUACCGGAGCUGCACAAUCAACGAGGACACCGGCCUGGGCUUGGCCUUCACCAUCGCUCACGAGUCAGGACACAAUUUUGGAAUGGUCCAUGAUGGGGAGGGAAACGUCUGUAAAAAGUCUGUCGGUAACAUCAUGUCCCCAACACUGGCCGGACAUAACGGUCUCUUCUCCUGGUCCUUCUGCAGUCGCCAGUAUCUUAGCCGUUUCCUCAGCACGGCGCAAGCCACCUGCCUGUCAGACGAGCCCCAUGCCGCGCAGGAGUACCGGUACCCAGAGAAGCUUCCUGGAGAACUCUACGACACCGACACGCAGUGCAAGUGGCAGUUCGGAGUGAAGGCCAAGCUCUGCAUGCUGAACUUCAAGAAGGACAUCUGCAAAGCGCUGUGGUGCCACCGGGUUGGACGGAAAUGCGAGACUAAGUUUAUGCCAGCCGCCGAGGGGUCAGUCUGUGGCCCUGAGAUGUGGUGCCGUCGAGGGCAGUGUGUGAAGCAGGGGGAGGAGGGUCCCCGACCCGUGCACGGUCAGUGGUCUUCCUGGUCCAUCUGGUCCAGCUGCUCCAGGACCUGUGAGAGUGGUGUGACCUACAGAGAGAGACACUGCAACAGCCCCAAGCCAGCUUCUGGCGGACGGUUCUGUGAGGGUUCGUCCCGCUCCUAUAAGCUAUGUAACACAGAGGACUGUCCCCAGAACAGCGUGGACUUCAGAGCCGCCCAGUGUGCCGAGUUCAACAGCAAACCCUUCCGAGGCUGGUACUACACCUGGAGACCCUACACAAGAGUGGACGACCAAGACAUGUGUAAACUCUACUGCUUUGCAGAGGGCUACGACUUCUUCUUUGCGCUGUCUAGUAGAGUUCUCGAUGGAACCCGCUGUAUGGAGGACAGCCCCAACGUGUGUGUGGACGGCCUGUGUGAGAGAGUGGGCUGUGAUGGAGUCCUGGGCUCCAUGGCAGAGCUGGACAUGUGUGGGGUCUGCAAUGGAAACAACUCCACCUGCAAAAUCUACGAAGGCAAAUACACCAAACAGCAUUACACCAACGAUUAUUAUGCAGUGGUCACUAUCCCUGCCGGGGCCCGUAGCAUCCACAUAGCAGAGCUGAACUCCUCUAGCUCCUACCUGGCCCUGCGCAACACCCACAGGAAGUACUACCUGAACGGCCAGUGGACUGUGAACUGGCCCGGCAGGCGCUCUGUGGCUGGGGCUGUCUUCUACUACAGGAGACCCUACAAUCAGCCUGAGAGCCUCACCUCCACCGGGCCCACCAACGAGACCCUGGUGGUGGAGGUCCUGGUGGAUGGUGGGCAGGCGGGUGUGUGGUGGGAGUAUGCGGUGACCAGCAGAGGGACAGAGAACAAACAUAGUUACAGCUGGGCGGUCAUCCCGACCCAGUGCUCGGCUACAUGCGGAAGAGGCGAGAUGAUCACAAAAGCAUCAUGCUAUAGAGACCUGCGUGUCCAGGUGAACACGUCCUCCUGCAAUGCCCGCACCCGGCCCAGCACGGGGGUCCAGCCCUGCAACACACAGCCCUGCCCUCCCAGCUGGAUCAUCGGAGACUGGAGCACGUGUAGCCGCACCUGCGGCUCAGGUGAACAGCGGAGGCAGGUGCAGUGUGCGCAGCGGACAGGUCCCACUCAGUCGGACGUGCUGGAGGACAGCCGAUGUGUGCGGCCUCCCCCCGCCCGCACACAGGCUUGCAACACACACACCUGCCCGGCCGCGUGGGUCACCGGCCCCUGGUCUCAGUGCUCUGUGACGUGUGGGGCAGGCGUGCAGGUCCGCUCUGUGAAGUGUGCGGAGAAGGAUACAGAAGGGAGACACGCAGAACUGGCAGCCAGGAAGUGCCGGCAUACGCCCAGACCCUCAGCCAAGCUGCAGAGGCCGUGUGUCCGGCCGGAGUGCCCCCGUGGGCCCGGCACCUCCUUGCCUCACUGGUACACCUCGCCCUGGUCCCAGUGUACAGUGUCAUGUGGUGGAGGUGUCCAGCUACGCUCUGUCCAGUGUCUUGUGCAUGGCCGUCCCUCUCCAGGUUGCUCUGCCCAGCUGAAGCCAUCAGCAUCACAGACCUGCAACACAGCCUACUGCCACCAACACCCGCACCAAGGUGUGGUGUGUGCAGAUUCCUAUAGCUGGUGCCACCUGGUUCCCCAGCACGGGGUGUGUAGCCACAGGUUCUAUGGGAAACAGUGCUGCAAGUCCUGCUCACACACCAGCGUCUGAGUGGCGUGCGCCUCCGUGUGUGUGCCACAGUGAAGCCCACUGGGAGCAGAGACCCCUGGGAGGUGUAUGGGACCCCUGGAGUGGCAAAGAGGGUCAGCACCAGGACCCGGCUCUGCCACGAUCUGGCCAGGAGGACUCCACUAGUGUAACCCGGCAAGGACAGUUAUCUCCGUUAACUCUCAGAAAAAGACAGUUAUCUCCAUGGUAACUCUCAGAAAAAGGCGCAGGAUGAAACUGCGGUUUUGGACACACGGAUAUGUCAGACGAGCAGGAAGAAUUCCGACCUUUUCAGCAUGGCUCCAGGCUCGGUUGGCCCACGCUGGGAUCGGCUACAGGAGAAUCUCUGUGGAUCAGCUGCUAAAGCACAAAUCAGACAGUGAUGUGUAGAACACGCAAAACAGCCUUUCUGGAAUGUUCCCUCUCGGAACUCUCCAUCUCUCUCUCACUGUCUCACUCUUUCUCGCUUUGUCCAUCUUCCCACCUGCAUCUCUCUCUCCUCUCUCCUCUCUUUCUCUUUCUUUCUCCCUCCCUCACCCUCCCUGCCUACCGUGCUCAGCUGUAGAACCAAUGGCAUGGGUAGGCUACAGGGGUGUCAUCCCAGCUGCUCUGCCUGCACACAGUCUUUCCGUGGCUCACAGUGUCUCUGCUGACAGUAAACACAAAGCUCUGUAGUCUUUGAAGUGUUUCUUAAUUAACAUGAAAACAUACUGCGUCACUGGGAGACAUGGUUUGUUAUUUUUGUAUGUUUUGUAAAGUGCUGUUUAUUGUGCUCUUGCAUUAAAGGUACCAUACGUAAUAUGUUAUGUAUUAAAGGUACAAUUUAAUAUGUUAUGUAUUGCUAUUUCCGGUGGUCCAUCAUCUUGCCGUGCUACAGCUAUUUAAAACUGUACAUUUCAAUAACAUUAAUUUCUCCACUUUCUGUAUGGAAUCCAGCGCUACUAUGUUCAACUUUAAAAGAGGGCCAUCAUCAAAUCUAAAUAUUAAACUGCAAGACUUCUAUA